CGUGGAAACUUCUAGUAUGGAUACAGUGAACUUGAAUUCUGUCACCAAUGUGUUUUAAGAAAUGAUGCAACUAUGCAGCAUGUUAUCAACCAUGUCGCUUGGCAUUGUCACCGGUCUUAUAAGAGAAGUUCUGUUUGGUAGCUUGACUUGUUUUUAUCCCACGACAUGACAACAUAGAUUGUGAAUGGUGUUGGUUUACAAUGCCCAGGUAGAACCUGUAGCUAUGGCAGCAGCAAGUAGAGGAGGGCGACCAAAGACAUUACGAGGGUUCAAAAUAAGAGAUCCAUUUCCCAAACCGAUCAGGAACUUUGAUGACUCAGAUCUUGCCAGCAUGACGUUCUCAGACUCGGGUAAUGCGGCGCCACCGCCACCCUCCCCCAGCCGCUCUGUAACCCUGCCCCGUACCGUCCCCACCCACUUACUGAUGAUAUCAGUACUGGAGCAGCUCUGUAUGAUGUAUGAGAAGGAUGAUGCUAAGGCACGGGAAUUGUUCAAAUUGUUGUGUGAGCACCUGGUGACUAUGAGAGUUGUCUCCCCUUUGACCAGCUUGGAUGAGAUGAGUGGGAUGAGGGCUCAGUAUAGGUACCAUGUCCACAAGAUGAUACAAGCAGCCUCAGCUAUUCUGCAUAAGCAUCAAUCCAUUCCAGCCCUCCCAGCUCCAGUCCAGUCCUUGGCUGCGCUGUCAUCUGGGUUAGCUCCCUUGUUUCCUGGCCCGUCAUCAGAGUUGCCAUUCGUGAGGUUUGAUGACAUGAUAACGUCACACACGUCUCGCUAUCGGCAGGAGUUCGUAGAGCUGGACCAGCUGGGAAGAGGGGGGUUCGGAUCUGUCUUCAUGGCCAGGAACAAGCUAGAUGGCAGGAAGUAUGCAGUGAAGAAAAUCAAAUUUAGGCAUGCCAGUCCGCAGGUGCUUUUGAAGGUAUUGCGAGAGGUCAAAGCCUUGGCUAAUCUGCAGCACCCCAACAUUAUUGGCUACAAUGGAGCCUGGUUAGAAUAUGAAAAACCUCAUUUCAACAGUUUCCAUGAACUGAACAAGCUGUGGAUGCAAGAUGACUCCGUGUCUAGUCAAGCCUCAAGAAGGUCAGCACUCACAGCUGAGGACAGUGACAUUGUGUUUGAGGAAGACGAUUGUCAUGAAGUGGUGGACUUCCAGGUAAACAGCUACGGCUAUGGACCUCAGGAUGACGUUUCCUUCGGUGGAUCAGAAGUGUCAGAAUCAGCGAGCCGUGUGGUUGUCUUCUCAAGUCCACAGGAACAGCGAGCAAAAAUCUGUGAGGAGAAUUCACCCAAAAAUUCCAUCAGUGAAAACUCGCUAAAAACUUUGAAAAUUUCAAGGUCGGCUGCAAAUCUUACAUCAGAGGUUUUUAUGACAAGACAUUCCCCUUGUGCCCAUGGUAAUCCAUCAACUGAACAUUGUGACGAUAAUAUAGGGAAUUCACGGGUUAGUGAAAUUGCUACAACGGACGGUACACAGCAAUGCUCAAAGGUAGAGAAUCAAAACUGUGCAAAACAAGAGGAAAACACAGUUUCAAGAAAUAAAAAUGCAAUAUGGCGGCGAAGUAUGAGCUGUGAUGUGGUUUUGAGUGGAGAGAAGCGUCUCCUUGGCGACGACAAGGAUCUGGUGGAGUAUUCUGAUGAUAAUUUUUUGAUAGAGAUGAAUGUUACACUGUAUAUACAGAUGGAACUAUGUAGUCACACUCUCCAGGAGUGGCUGGCAAAGCGCAACAUGUCCAGGGGAGAUAACUCUGAUGGUGCGUCUGUGAUCGAUGUCUUUGAGAACAUGAGAAUCUUCCAGCAGCUUGUCCGAGGGGUUCAGUACAUCCACUCACAGGGUGUCUUACAUCGUGAUCUCAAGCCAAGGAACAUAUUUCUGAACGGCUCAGACCUUCAUGUGAAGAUUGGAGACUUUGGGCUGGCAAGAGAAGACGUGACUGGAGACUUUCCAGAGACUGUCCUGUCCCCCUCCCCUGAUCUUAAAGAUCACAAAUUCUGGGAGGACAACACACAUGGGGUGGGGACUUCAACCUACGCUGCUCCAGAACAGCUGAUUGGCACAGUUUACGACAACAAGUGUGAUAUCUACAGCCUGGGUGUCAUUUUGUAUGAGAUGUUUGAGACGUUUGGUACAGAGAUGGAGCGACAUGAAAAGCUGAAGGUUCUGAGGGAAGGAAAUUUACCUGAGGAGUUUGUUAGAAAAUGGCCAGAACAGGCCAAGACGAUUGUCUCCCUGACAAAUUCAGAUCCGAUGUUAAGGCCCUCGGCCAAAGAACUCCUGGAAAGCGAGCUUUUCCUCUCCAAGUCACAGGUUAUUAAAGAUCUGAGAAAGGUUGUCAAAGACCAAAACACAGAAAUAGAGAGAUUAAAAAGUCUGCUGAAGGAAAAAGAUGAGGAGAUUGCUCUCUUGAAAAACCAGACAAGUUGAUGUUUCGUGUACAUAUACAUGUAUAUAUUAUUACAUUCUUAAAUUAUGUCUUUUUGGGUGUUUUUUUUUCUAUGUUUUCCCUCAGAAGAUGUAGUUAUUGUAGUAAUUUAUUUAUAAUUUUCUUGUGUUAUUUGCAGUACAGUUUCAUCAUUGCAUAAUAGGCUGUCUGUAACUGCAGCCAAAUUUUUUUGAUUGAUUUUUUGUUGUUUGGUUUUUCUAUUUACCUCAGUGCUGUGUCAAACUGGAAGUGUUUGAAAAUACAGAUGUCAGUCUUACUAUUGGCUGAAAAAAAUAUUUCUACCAUUAUUGUAUAUUAGCAUUCAACUUCAAGUUAAAUCUAAAGUACAAGUGCUAAUUUAGGCACUCCCUCAAAAUGCCAUGGUUGUUGGUUUGAUCAUUCCAAAAUAUUUGCCUCCUUGUGGAGGGCUAUCCCUGUAUUUGUAUUAAUUGAAAAAAUAGAACGCAGACGGGCAUUACAGUGCCAAACCAAAAAGGCCUACAAACUAAAAUUGUUGCACUAUGCGCAUGAUUUGUUUCACUGAUUGAUUCUACCAACUUGAUUAAUGUUGACAGUUUUUUUAUUUACCCAUCAAGUUCAGUAUGCAAAAGAUUAUCGGAAGCAGUUUCAAAAUAGAGAGGAUUAAAUGAUUCUGUAUGAUUUUGAAUGAUUGGCAAAAAAUUGCCUAUGAAUUUAUUUGCCGAAAUUGCCUAAGACCUAACUGAGCAAAAUUUGUGUAGGGUUUAUUGGCCAAAAUUGGCCAGCAGUAAUUUAUUGGCCAAUUUUGGCUAAUGGUUUUAGUGGCCUUUGCCAUAUAUGUUCUUUUACCUCCAAAAACCUCCUUCAAUACCUCAAACCUAUCUGUCUUCCCAUCAUUUGCAAAGCUAUCUGCUCAUACAUGUAUAUACUUCAGCUUGUCAGGUUCUGUCAAAAUCAGAGGGAUUUCAUGUCUGUGUUUUAACCUUAUUCAUUAAAUCCAUGUAGUGGAAAAUGGUAAACUUGUGUCAUGCUGGAAAGUUUUGAAUUCCCCAUAUAUCCAUGAGCUCUUCUUCAAACUGUCACCAGCUUGUGAGACAAUAAAAAGUAUUGCUGGUUUUGUGUAGUGAGGAUGCUUUAUUGACCAUUACCAGUUGAGUGUAUUGUCUGAGCUCACUAAUCAUGAAACAGUCAUUGAAAAUUUAGGUUGACAAACCCGAUUUUAUUGGAUAAACACCUUUUGAAUUUGUCCAGCCAUUUGUAUGUAUGUAUGCUGGUGCACAUAUAUAUUUUUCAUUGUUAAUCUACUAAUGAUUUGGUUCAAGAAACAGAAGGGAAAAAGUGUAUAUUUUCAGAAAUACACCAGUAGGAUAUGCAUUAAGAACUUCUUAUUAACUUUAUGUUAAAUUUAUUAAUCAUUCAGCAAUAAAUUUUUGUUAAAACGCUUAGAGUUAGAAUCUUAAUGGUUGACUGCUAACGCAUAAAAAGUUGAACACGUGAUAAUAAAGGAUAUAUUUUUUUUUUUAGUAAAAAUGUACAUUAAGUAAAAAAAUGUGUGCCUCACAUGAAAGGCAAGACUGAGGUCAGAAAUAUUUCAGUGUUAUUUUUCAUUUUUGUUUUUCUUUAUGAAGACGCAAAAGUAUUUUUCCAUGGCCAUUUUAAGACCAUAUGUUAUAUUCCAUAGGUUUUUCACAUUAUUUUCAAUAUCUGAGCAUCCAUUGAAAUUAGACCAUGUCCAUCAGAGAUGAUUUCACAGAAAUUAACCAUGGAUAUGUUGAAAAAUAUUGUAUAGAAAAGUAAGAGAAAGUUUAUCUGAUUUCAGUGCUGAGCAAAAAUUCCAAAAAGUUUUGAGGGCCUUGAGGGUUUUGUUUUUUUUUCCUUUUUCUCAGUAUGUAUAUGUUCACUUCAACAGUUCGUGUAACAAGCUACACUGUGCAGUAUAAAGGCGUGUUCUGAAUAUGAAAAUCAAGGCAGCUAUUUGUGUGUUGUUUGGAUCUUACAUGCAUCAUCAGUGGCAGUACAUGCCUGUAUAAUAUAGCUUGUUUGCUAACAUAUGAAUAUGACAAGUCUUGCAUCAAGAGUGAAUUGUUAAAAAUUCAUAUAUAGUAGCAGUAGGUAGUAGCAUAUAUGUGAUAUCAAGAUGGAUUAAAAUGUUUUUUUGUAUUGUAGAUGCUUCUAACUAUAUGUCUCUCAUUUGGCAUGUAUAACAUUUAUUGUAAUAUGGGCAUUUGGUACAUGCCUUUUCAUUUACUAGUACAUUGUUUGAUUUCAGUAUUUAAUUUUUUGUUUUUGUUGAUUAUGUAGUGUAAUAUUUUAAAUUGUUAUUUUUUUAGAAGAGAGUACCGGUAAAAAAAGACAUCUUUCAGAUUUUGUUUCAUGUAUCAGAAAGAAUUUAUUCACUACAACGUUUUUGGUUGGAUAACAUUUGAUUUACAACAUUGGUGAUUGAACUUUUAAGAUAUGUAAUGCUUUUAUUCCUAUAAUUUCUUCUUUUCUUUCUGCAUUUUCACAUAUUUGUGUAAUAAUUAUAAAAGGUUAUGGGUAAAAUUUUUCAUGACAGCUAGUGGAUAGUCUGACACAUAUAUGCAGUUGAAACACUACUUGUCUGAAUAUAAAGUUUGUCAAAACUGUAUAAUGGUAUGUGAUAUGUUUAUCACUCAUUUUCUUAUUUUCCCUUUAUAGUUGAGAUUAAGCAACUCUCAGUGUCUGCUGUUCAGUCUCUCCAUUGGUUGGUCAAAAUUUUGAUACCUUAAAUAUGGACCUCAUAUCUUAUGACAUAUCGGCCAUUCACUUAUAAAGACAGGCCUUGGUGCAACAUGACAUGAAAUCCUAUAAGAAGGAUGACUAUUGGGUGUUUGCACUUAAUUGUUCCAUCGUAAUCUGCAUAAAUAUGACACAUCAGGUUGUUUUUCUCUGUGCCACUAUCUACAAAUUGUCAGAUCAGUUUUAUUCUAGACAUGUACACUUUCAUAGAAUUUUGUAAAAUCAUUUUUCAGCUUUGGAAAUAUUGUGAAUGUGGCUCCUGACAAGUUUGUGAAGCCCUGUAGGAAUAUCCGUAAAAUGUACUGAACUUUGAUUGUCUUUGAUUACUGAACUUUUGAUUUGAAUUUGUACCAAAGUAAUACGAUCAUACCUUCAAGUACUUUGCAUCCUCUUUUCUGGCAACAUUAGGAUACAUGUACAUGUAAUUGGAUCAGGCAUCGAGAAGAAUACUUAGUCAAGUCAGUGAUGGAAAUUGAAAGUCAUUAAUAUGUAUUGUAAUUAGCCAGACUUCCUUACACCACCAGGAACUGAUUUUACAAAGCCGUAUAUGACUUUCGUCAAAUAGUAAAACCUCUUCAUGAUCUUCAGUUUUAAGUACUGGAAGUUCAAAUUUCGACACUUUUAUCAUAAGAUAACAUUGAUAAGGUGGACAGUAUAUUAAUUUAUAAAGCUGAAAAAUAAGCUUUAAGAUUGUGUUUUAAAUUUUGACUUAAAUCAGAAAUGCCUUUGUGGAAUUCACCCUGGUUCUUUCUGAAUGUUAUACCACUAAGGAUAAUCUUCUAGCUUUCAAAAAGUGUACAUAAUUAUCUAUCUUAAUUCACAAUUUAGAUUUGGAUGGGGUAAACUGGUCAGAUAUUGAUAGAGAUAGAGGUUAUGGCAGAAUUUACAACGCCUAUGAAUGAACAUCUUACUGACAAAUGUUACCAAUCCUUUAUGAAACAGUGGCAAGGUACAAUCCAGUGUGUGAUGUUAGAGAGAUAUUGCUCUUUGAUAUGAAUGACCAUAUCCAAAAGAAUUAAUGAAAAUCAAUCCAGUCAAUCCAGUCAGGGCUAGGAUUUCUGGAUAACGUAUCAACCAGCUAUAACUGAAGUGCUAUAUGGAUUCUUACCAUUCAUAUCCAGAUGUUGUGUGAGCAUGUGCGUUUGUGGUUAUUUAUUACUCAGCUGUACAUGAAAGUUUUUUCCCGCUCAUAUUAUGCUAGGUGUUUUGAAACAAGAUUCUGUGUAAAAUCUUACGUGUAAUACCAGCUUUAAAAUUAAGCCAAUCUUCAAUUUUGUACUUAGCCCCAAAAUGCCAGUGUAAAUGCAACAGUAUAUUACAUAUGAUUUAAAUCUGCUGCUGUUAUAAUUAACAUUGGGACAAAUGCAUUGGCGGCACGGUUUGCAAAGAUUGCAUAGGGUGUACUGAAAAUCUCAAGUUGUUACACUUGGUGAACAACAGAAGGCAUGAAUGUGCUGGGGAGAUUAAUAGUGUAGAAUGCCUAUGUUCCUGCACAGUUGCUGCUAGAUUUGGCUUUUUGCCAGCAAUAAAAUUUGCCUGCUAGAUAUUUCAUUGAAUACAGUAUUUAUUCUUCAAGCUCAAUUUUCAUCAAGCUCUGCGACCAGUAUUUUGAAACUAUAAGAUAACUAUGAGAUAACAAUGGGGUAUAGAUAAUAAUAGUAUAAAUAAUGGGGUGCAGAGGAUUUUUAGCGUCAUUUUUGUAAUAAUUGUACGCAUAAAUUUCUGUGAAAAAAAAAGUGCCUUAGAGGUUAAAAAGGUUGUAGAAUUAUU